GUCUUGUACUUGUUUCAGUUUGUUUAUAGGUGUAGGCUACUUUUCUUUUAUGAACUUAUGAUGGCUUUUAUCGAUGUCAGCUUGGUUUUUUAGUUUCUGUACGAUUUAUAAACUGUAUGAAAAUAAUAAUGUGCUGAACGAGUUUAUUCUAGCUCAUAUUUUUGUUUGAUCAAGUUAAAAUUUGAUUCUGUAAUUUUAAAGUUUAAACAAUAUUUUUACAUUUGCAUGUCAAGAAUAGUUCCGUGUCCAAGUCACAUUCUUCUGACUGCUGAAAAUUUCAACCAGAGGCAAUGGGAUGCAAGAAGAGCAAGUUGCAACGUAAGGAAUCUGAAACACAAGCUCCUGGCGGACACAUCAGUCCUUGGGAACUCGGUCAAGAAGUACGUCCUGACAACUUACAACCAACCCAAAACCAAGUAUCAAACUAUAGGGUUCAAUCGGACCGUUAUUAUAACUAUAAUGUAACGGGUAAUCAACAUACAGGUAAUUCAAGAGGGUAUCAAACAGAUUACAGCUAUUAUAAUAAUGCAAAUGUUACCGGAUCGUACGGCAGUGCUGCCCCAAGUUAUAACGGUGUUAGGGAAUUAAACAGAGUACAAAAUUUUAAUAAUAAUGCAUAUUACAAUGGUAGUCUAAAUGAUCUCAGUGUUUUGGGAAAUCCUGUUCCUAAUAAUUACACAUACAAUCAAUUUGGUCAGGAACUAAUACAACACACAUACAUUUCACGGUCGUACCCCAAUCUUCAACAAUGCCACAAUGACAACCGGGAGCGAUCUAUGGGUCCCCCGUUGAGGCCUGUGUCAAGGGUAGAUCGUUUCUCAAGACAUCACUCGUUUAAUGAUGGUUAUAGAAGGGCUCAUCAAGACACAAACUACAACUCUAUGGUAAGGUACGGAUCCUUAGAUAACAUCCCUGUAAGAGCUACAAACAGAUUCUCCAGGAGCAACUCUACCAAUAAUAUCAACCUGUGCCAGAAUAGUUCAGUUUGUAAUGGUAAAUAUCCUAAGCGCCGCAACUCAGGGAGACAACGUAAUAGAAAACGUAAGUCACUGGACAAUGACUCGCUAAGUUCCAGCACCGCUGUCAGUGAUGGUUCUGGCUCUGUUACAAAUUCUAAUCUUGAUACUGGUAUAAUUGUACCUCGGGUGAAACGGAGACCUUCUGAAAAAAUCAGUACGUCCACUGAUUCAACCAAAGAAUCAAAUGAGGGGGGAUCAAAUGAGGAAAAAGAUAUAACCUGCAAAGAUGAGGAUAAGGGAAAAGAUGUAACCUGCAAAGAUGAGGAUAAGGGAAAAGAUGUAACCUGCAAAGAUGGAGAUGAGGGAAAAGAUGUAAACUGCAACGAUACAACCAAAACUUCAAAUAAAUCUGUAGUACUACUCAGUUGCUAUGACGAACCAUUAGACAUUCUGGAUUUGUUAAUAUACCCAGAGGAAUGGUCUUCGGGUGCUGUUGACAAAACUGGUCUGGUUGAUAUUUCACUACUAUCUCCCGAGGGGAAAUCGGUGCAGAGAUAUUUCCAUAGAUCAUCACAAUCUAGAGAGUUCUCACUGAGAAUCACCGGGAUUGAAAGGAUCGAAAAUCCUUUCAUGCACUCGUGUUAUCAGUUAAAGAAACAAGAAAUGGAAUCUCGUAAUGAACACGUCGAUGAGUUGUAUUUAUAUCAUGGUACAAAAGAAGAACACUUAAAUGGGAUACUCGACAACAACUUGAACUGGAGGUUGUGUAAAGAAAAACACAAGUUUGGAGAAGGAGUCUCUUUCUCCCCAUUCGCCACCUACUCCAGCCAUUACAGCGACAGAACCUCAGUGAAGUUCAUGUUGUUGUUUAAGGUGUUAACUUCCCACAGUAUUACCGGUUCCCCUGAUAUGAAAAUACCACCCAUCAUUCAAAAUGUUGUGUAUGAUACCAGCAUCAAAGAUGACACUUCCGUCAUAGUAAAAUACUCGGAUAACGAGUUUUACCCUUUGUACAAAAUUACUUAUUGUAAAAUUUUUAGGUAUUAGUUAGGAAAAAACUUAAAGCAAUCAGUAUUUAAUUUACUGUUUUGCCUAACUGAGCCUGUAGGGUCUCGAAGAUGAAUACUGAUGACAAGUAUUCUCCGUUUUAUGGGGAAUGUUUUUGCCAAAUUGAGUCUGAAUACCUCCUUGUUUGUUAAGGAGUGUCAGUGUUCUCCAUAUUGGAGAGACCUAGAAAAAGCUUUAAGAAUCACUAGCUUUGUACGAUGAAUACUUGAACAGAUAUUGAUCGUAAACAUAAACAAAUUAUGUUACUGGCCCGAAAUUAAACAUUAUUUUAAUAUUGCUUAAAUGGAACUUUCAAAACAAUGUGUUAAUGCAAAUUAGUAAAGUAUCAGGGCCAGCAACGUCAUAUAUUUAUGUUUAUGACCCAUACCGGUUCUGUUCUAGUAUUCGUGCUUUGUACCAUAUCUAGGCUAUACAUGUAAAAAAAACUGUAUUGUAGGUAAGUUACUUCUUUGGUUACGGUAUUAUGCUAGGUUGCCUUUUGUUCAACAUUUUAAAAUUAAAAUUAAAAAAACUUCAAAUAUUUGAUCCAAACCAAAACAAACUUUUUUGGACGAAACAUUUUUGAUCAUAAUUUUAAAAUUUACAUCAAUAGGCCUACUCCAACAAGGUUUUAUUGGCAAUCACCCUGUGAGUGUGUAAUUCAAAAUGGUCAGGAAAGUUGUGCACAUUAACUAUGUAUGGUUUUAUCAUAGUAAGUUGCCUGGCCUUGGACUAAGAAUGAAAAUCUUUGAAAAUAUUUACAGUAAGAAGUAGAUUUAAAAAUCCAUUGAUAAAAUAGGCUACAUAAAUAUGGGUAAUUUAUUGCAUUCGUUAAUGUGUGAUUUUGAUUUGUAUUUUGUAAAUGAAUGUGAUAAUUUGAACAAAAGCUACAGAUAGGUAGUGGUAGGAUACCUUAAGAGACUAUUAAUUUUACCUUUUUAGGGGUUUUAAAAACUGCUACUUUAUAGAAUAAGCCAUGUAUGUACUGUACUUGGUACUUGACUUUAUUCAUGCAUCUGCAAUGAUUUAAUCUCUUAUCUUUUGGUGAGUAUAAAUCAUAUUUCAGACAAGUUAUAAAGGAACCAAAAAGUCUAUAAAUAAUACGAAACACAAUGCGUUUUGUAAAAUAAAUUAUCAAAGAGAGGUAUGCAUUUUAGUCUGCCUAUACUGGACGUUUCAUGUUUGGCAUUGCUCAAGUGCAACUGCAAUAGAUACCAAGUUUGCAAAGACAUGAUAUUACAGUAUUAGAUGUCUUUUAACUGAUUCACAAAAGCAUUACUCUAAAGGGUUAGUGUUAAAAUAGGGUUGCAAUAUAGUCAGAAUUAUUAUCAAGUUGGUAGUUAUAAUUUUAUUCAAUACCUUUUUACAGUCCAAAACUUGUACCCUUUUUUUAAGUUGUAUUGCAUAUUCAUUUAGAAACAUUCAUUAUUGGUUUACUUAAUAAAAUUGGCUGAAAUACAGA